UUUACCAAAUCAUAGUAAAUCAAUAUAAACUUUUAUGUUUUCAUUACAGAAAGACCAGACAUUUUAUCUUAAUCCAUUAUACUUUAAAAACCCUACCUGAUCAGGUCUAUAAAUAGUCCUUCUCUUAAUGGGGCUAGAUGUAUAACUUAUUACCUUCCACGACUUUCAUCUUUUUCUUUGAGAAUACAUUCAGAUCAAACAUGGCAGGCAAUGGCGUACAGGUUGGACCGUGGGGAGGUAAGGGUGGAGUUAAUCCCUGGACAUUCAUCCCUAGUGGCAGGAUUUGCGAGAUCUGUAUCAGCGCCUUAGGCUGUGUAGAUUCAAUCAGGUUCACUUACAAGGAUCGUGAUAAUGUCAAACACCAUUCUGAAACAUAUGGUGGUGAUGGUGGUUCAUCUCAUACGUUUACAUUUGCUGAUGAUAAGAACCUCAUCGAGAUUAGCGGAACUGUGGGAGUAUAUGGUGGCUACACUGUGAUUACGUCAUUGUCUUUCCUAACCAACACAAAGAAGUAUGGGCCAUAUGGCACAACCCAGGGGACUAGUUUCUCGCUGCCAGUCGCUAAGGGUAGCUUUGGUGGAUUCAGCGGAAACUACGGGGAUUACCUCGACUCUUUCAGUGUCAUUCUUCAUCCCUAUUAGUAACGCGGACCAAUAUCAUGUAUUUGCAGCCUGCAUACAUGGUUUUCGACGUGGUAUAACCUUGUCAAAAUAAAGAAGCCGGAGAGAUGUGUUUGACAUGAAAACCCAUGUUUUCUUUCGUCAACCAUUACACCAAAUAAGAACUAAGUUUAUAGGUGUUCUUUCACAAUACUACAUAAUUGAUUAUAUGGUAAAUAAUGAUAAAUUUUGCUACAAUUAAAUAUAGCUCAAAACAAGUUGUAUGGAAUUGAAUAUAAUGAAAAUAUAGUUUUUGUUGUUUUAAAGUUAGCCAUAUGAACUAGUUAUGGAAAAAGAGCAUUUAUGAAUUAGUAAAAUGUGGUUAAUAUCAACUUUCAAGUGGGGUCCAUGCUGUGGCUCCGCCACUGCCGGAGAGAUGUGUUUGUGAAAUUGUUGUGUUAUCUUGUUUUGAUGUGC